AUGUGCUUUGAACGUUGGUGCAAUGCAUUGGAUGUUCGACUAUCCGUUUUGGAAAAGGGUCACAUUGUUUCUUGGCCAUUAUACAUUCGCCAGAUGCAUCCCAAUACCCUAGCCAACAACUCCAGAACCAAUACCCUACCUCGCGAUUACGAGCGCAUGAUGCAGAAGAUAAUGUUUCGAAUCGGCCCAACCACCCUUGUGACGAAAAAAAUAAAGCCUAUGCUGAUGAGCAAACGUGAAACGAAAUUCAGUGAAGAAGCGCGUCUAUCCACGCCACAGGGUCGCGAGAUCAUGUACCGCCGCUUGCUCAGCGGCAAGAGAAACCUUGUACCCUUUGGAAAAUAG